UCCACUUUGCAUUAAGUCGAAAGUGCAGCUAACUAACGCAUAAUGUUAGUUAAUGUUUAACCUAAUGUAUAAUGUAAACAGCUGCACAUCUACAGUCUCAGUCCAAAAGAGAAAAACAGGGAAGAGACAAGGAUGGAAAAAGUUCUUCUGAUCAUCAUCGCUCUUUCAGGGCUGAGCGCUGUCUCCUCACAUGCUGAACGUCAGUACCAUUUUGUUUCUGAAGCAAAGACCAUGUCUGAAGCACAGAGAUACUGCAGAGAGAAACACACAGACCUGGCCACUGUAGACAGCAUGGAGGUUGUGGAGCUCCUGAACAACACGGCAGGCCAAUUCAAACAAUCAGCCUGGAUAGGGCUGCACGAUGACCGGGACACCUGGAGGUGGUCGAUGUCAGACCCAGGCUUCUACGGACCGGGGGAAAAGGAGUUCAGACCAUGGGAUAAUGGACAACCAAACAACGUGCACGAUUACCAAUGCACACUUUUUCAUUAUGGUGGAGCAUGGCAUGAUUUUGAUUGUAAUCGCCCCCUCUGGUCGGUCUGCUUUAAUGUCACAGGGAAGAAUAUAAACUUAAAAUGAAUAUAACACAUUUAA